UGCUUACUCUUAUUGGUAUUUCUCAUGACUACUCUUAUUUUUUACUGAAUUUUUGUUCUUUCGUAUUCAAAUUCUAUUUUUUAUAAAUUAAUUAAUAGAAGAUCAGUGAAAAUUUUUGGACAAUUGAGGAACAGAAGGAAUAAGUGAAUACAGUGCAGAAAAUAGCUGAAAAUGACAAUGGGUGGUGAAACACCAACAUCUUCCCUAAUAUUUCCAGUAUUGUUGAGGCCGAUCUUUGCAAAGUUGGAACGUCGAGAUGUUGGGGCAGCACAGUCACUGCGUUCAGCCAUAAUGAAAUGUGAGCAAAAUAAUCCAGGUUUAUGUUAUGACCUCGUGGCGGCCAUUAUUCGUCGUGCAGAGCUUAAUGUUAAUCUAAAUGAAGCAGUACUUCGCUUGCAGGGCAAUAUAGCCGAGUCGGAUUUACAUGAAUAUCGUCUUACACGGACUGAAGAACCAUUCCAAGAGCUAAACCGCAAAUCCGUUGCUCUCAAAGUCAUACUAAGUCGUAUACCUGAUGAGAUAACAGAUCGUAAGGCUUUCUUGGAGACUAUUAAAGAAAUUGCCAGCGCCAUAAAAAAACUAUUAGAUGUGGUGAACGAAAUCGGAUCCUUUAUACCAGGAGUGACCGGCAAACAAGCGGUUGAGCAGCGUAAAAAGGAAUUUGUAAAAUAUUCUAAAAAAUUUAGCACAACGCUUAAAGAAUAUUUCAAAGAGGGACAAUCGAAUGCAGUAUUCAUAAGUGCACUUUAUCUGAUACGACAAACGAAUCAAAUAAUGUUGACAGUAAAAAGCAAAUGCGAAUAAAAAACUAAAAUAUACAAAUUAGUGGAAUUUCUUCUUUAUUUCAACAACAAAAGUUAUUUAAAGUAAUCCAUUAUAAUGAAUCUAAAAUACAUUAAAUUAUUGAUAAAAUAUUGAAUAUGAAUAAAAUGAGAAAACAACAACAACAUGAAGAAA